AAUAAACCUAUAAUCUUUAAAUAUUAUAUCAUUUCUAAAAAUGAAAAGGAAAAUCCAUACGGAGGAACAAAAAGAAGCAAAAGAAGAAAAGAGAGAGAGAGAGAGAAAAAGAAGAAAUUCCAAUUCAUCCGAAAUUUCGAAUAUAAUAAUCCAACGAUGACUUGGCGCUAUCCCCUAUUCAAGAAUAAGAAAGGAGAAAAAUAUUCGAAAAAAAUGCUUACGUUGGAGAGAGAGAGAGAAAGAGAGAUCGAUCUGUAAAGGUAAAAGUAGUCCGUUAUAAGGAGCCACGAAGGAAAAAAAAGAAAACACAAAAAAAAGAAAAAAAAGAAAAGAAAAGAAAAGAAAAGAAAAAGAAAAGAAAAGCAAAAGAAAGAGGAAGAAGAAAAAAAGAAAGGGGGAGGAAAAAAAAUAAGAAAAGGAAAGAAAAGAAAAAUAUAAAAAAAAAAAAAAGAAAAAAAGAAAAAAGGGUCCCUCAUUAGGUUGCCCUCGAAGCGUGAGUCGCCGUGUCGGAAGAUAAUUAAUCUCAGCGAACGGCAAAAGGGAGAAGCCCGGAUAAAGAGAGAAGGAUAGAGUGCAACGAACCCGCGAGAGAGGCCCCGUUUAACGUGUAUCGUGGAUGGAAAGUCGAGCGGAAAAAUGCGUGAAUAAAAGUAAAUAGGGUGGUAUUAGCGGGCUUCUCUGCCUCGGACUGACAGGAUGGUGCUUUAGAAGGAAGGUGAACACGGGUCGUGAGUCGUGACAUUGACGAAUGAAGCAGAGAAAGUCGGUUGUCCUACGCUCUCAUGAGGCCCUACUACCGUUGGAAAACAUGAAGAUCGAUCGUCCGACGAUGAUUCUCAGCUUCUGCGUUCUCCUGUUACUGCUGAGACCCGACGUUUGUUCCCUGGUAAUACGAUCAUGCAAUCAAUCGCUAGGAAUGGAAUCUGGUGAUAUUCCAGAUUCCUCGAUAACAGCGUCAUCGUCGUACGUAACUAACGUUGGUCCACGUAAUGGAAGACUACGAAAGGAGACAGCGGGUGGCGCAUGGUGUCCAAGAAGUCAAAUAGAAAGAGGAAUUCGCGAAUGGUUACAAGUGGAUCUUCCGGGAGCCCAUGUGAUAACCGGAGUGCAGACACAAGGUCGUUAUGAUCAUGGCCGUGGCCAGGAAUACGUUGAGGAGUAUACUCUUGAGUAUCGACGACCAACAUUUUCCGAAUGGCGUCGUUAUAAACGUUCGAAUAACCAAGAGGUUUUCCCUGGCAACAGCGACACGUCCACGGUGGUGUCCCAUAAUCUUGUACCGCCGAUCUUCGCCAAUCAAAUUCGUAUCUUGCCACAUUCGGUCCACAGACGUACGGUUUGCCUUCGUAUCGAACUCAGAGGUUGUCAAGAUACCAAUGGCAUAACGAGUUAUACUAUACCAGAAUCACCGAUGGUAGAACUCAGUGACACUUCGUACGACGGUAAAAGGCAGUACAACUCGUUGACCGAUGGUUUGGGCCGACUGAUAGAUGGCGAGGUCGGCGCGGAUAAUUACAGGCUGGACAUGGGAGAUGGAAGAGGAACCGGGUGGGUCGCUUGGAUGCGCGAUACCUUUGCUACCGAUUUCGUAGAAAUUGUCUUAGAAUUUGAGAAUUAUUGGAUAUUCGAAGCCGUUCAUAUUUACACGAACAAUUAUUUCUCGCGUGACGUUCAGGUUUUUUCGAGGGCUAAUAUUUGGUUCAGUCAAGAUGGCGAAUAUUACGAGGACGAACCGAUCGCUUAUUCUUACAUACCAGAUAUAGUAUUGGAAAAUGCCCGGAAUGUUACGAUUGGACUUCGCGGUCGACAAGGAAAAUUUCUUAAAUUUCAUCUUUAUUUCGCAGCACGUUGGAUCAUGAUCGGCGAGAUUAUGUUCGACAAAUCCAAUCCAUAUGAAAACGUAACGGAGGAGACUACUUUGGUGUUGCAAGAUGGCGAAACUCCGGUCAGUCCAAAUGCAGAUCUCAAUCUCAAUCUGCAAACAGUCACAGCACCGGGCGAAGGACAGGAAUAUUUGGAGGUAUUGAUAGGCGUCCUCACGGCUAUUAUACUUCUUCUACUCAUGGUCUUUGUUGUCAUUUUGCUAUUGAAUCGACGACAAAAACUUCAAAGUUCCCCGACCGUACUUAAAAAUCCGUUUGGAUUCACGAUCAAUAUGAAAGGACUACUUCUAAAUUUAACGCCUGGUGGCAUGUUGAAUGACAGUGGUAAUCAUGCAUCGGUUGACGCGCCAGAAGACGUCAGCGUUCAUGAAUCAUUAACAAUGGAACAAUUCGAUUCGCCAUUGGUUAGUCCGCAAUGUAAAUCCACUUAUGCGAUCGUAGCUAAUUCCGAAUCACCAAAAGAUCCCGAUAACUCGACGAUUUCCGAAGAAAACGUACGAUUGAACAGUCGAGCAGAUUCCAUAUUGGAACCACCGAGUCGUUCCUCCUCGCCAACCGAAUCAACCUCUCGUCACAUGCAUCAUUACAGAACGUUACAAAGUUACAGCAGCACCAGCAAUAAACUUAACAUGACAACGAUAACAACGACGACAACAACUACGAAUACUAUAACAACGACGACGACGAGUUAUCGUCGAGAUAUAGACCGUGGUCACUCAAAACGCUGGCACACAGCGCCGAAAGAAAAAUCUGUUGCAUUACAACAUAACAAUGCUUCGUCAAUUAACAAGAUACCCGCACCCGUCGUCACUUGGAACAUAGCUCCUAGCAUGAACAAGCCAUACAAAUGCAAAGAAAUCGAACCAACCGGUGUACCCCGACUUUGCUUGAGAACCACGGAGAAACUUGGCUCGAGCACUAUCGGAGAAGCUAUCGUCUGUGAGACCGUAGACCUGGACGACGUUAUACCAAGUGCUCCAAGAUUGGUCGUGGCCCGUGUACCAACUUGUAUCAACGACAUUCGAAGUGGGCACAUAAGCAACAACGCUGGAGGGAUCGGCAUGCCCGGUACGAACGAUCAAAUGAGAGAAGUGAGGUUUCUAUCUGGAUUGUCCGAUCCAAAUGUGGCAAGGAUCUUGGGUGUCUGUGCAGCGGAGCCAGCACCAUGGACAAUCAUCGAGUACACCGAACUCGGUGAUCUUGCCCAUUAUCUUCAGUAUAGCGUACCGCUUACAGGAACUUUAAGACCGACCUGCAAUCUAAAGACCCUGAGUCAAAACUGUCUCCUCUACAUGGGUACGCAAAUAGCUUCGGGUAUGAGGUACCUUGAAUCAAAGAAUCUGGUACAUAAGGAUCUGGCUGCCAGAAAUUGCUUGGUUGGUCGAUCAUACACCGUGAAAGUUACGGAUAUCGCAAUGUGCAGCGAUCUUUAUAAGAAGGAUUACAGCGACAUUGGUGGUAGACCACCAGCACCGAUCAGGUGGUUACCAUGGGAAAGUAUUCUCUUGGAUAGGUAUACAUGUGCAAGUAGUACAUGGUCAUUCGCAGUCACGCUUUGGGAAGUGAUGAGUUUAGCUAGGGAAAAACCAUUCCAACAUCUCACCAAUGAUCAAGUUAUUAGAAACGCCGAACAUAUGUAUUAUGGAGAGGAAUCACAAGUGUUCCUACCGAAACCAACAAUGUGUCCAGAUGACGUUUACAAAAUGAUGUGUUCCUGUUGGAGAAGGGACGAAGAAGCAAGACCAUCUUUCAAAGACAUCUAUUCUUUCUUGAAGAACACGAUCGCGGAUUAUCGACCAGGCACAUAACAUCGAUAAACAUUGAACGAAUUUUGUUCCUCGUUUCGAAUAACAACGUUAUCGGAUGGGCUAUGAGUAAUCUGAAACGGUAUUCGCGUAUCAUUUGAGCUUCGGCACUCUUAUUAGAUGACAAAUCUUUGAAAACUAACACUACCCGACACAAGACAUUUCCGUUUGAACGUACGAGUCCGAACAACUUUCUAAGAUCGUCUACGACGAGACGAUAAACGGAAAGCGAUUUGCGUUAUAAGAUGUCCUGUCUAAACGCAUUAACCUUUGCCGUUCUAGAGAUCCGUGAACUUCCGUAAACGCUAACUAAAGGUUUCUUUGCUGCUGCUGAUUGGAUUGCGAACAAUUAGCUACACGUUUUGCGCGAACACGAUAACGUGUCAAAUAAGAGAGACUGCCAGAGUAUGCGUGCGUACGUGCGUUCGUGUGUGUGUGUGUGUGUAUGUGUGUGUGUUUGCGUCUGUACAUCGGACAAAAAAAAAGAAGAUAUUGGGCAAACUUACGUAUUUUUCCUACGAGGGACACAGAUUCUUUUUUUUUAUUAUUUUUUUUUUUUAGGAAAAUCUUGUUCGUGGCCUGAUAAACAGGUGCAAGCAAUUCUCUUUUGAAACCCCACUGAUUAAAAAAAAAAAAAGAAAGAAAAAGAAAAGAAACAGAAAAAAAAGAAAAAGGAAAAAAAAAGAAAAAAAAAAGAAAACACUUCCGUCGAAUCAUUUCCCUCGGCGUCAAGAUCGGUUGAUGUGACAUUAAGGGUACGUUUUGACGUGACAGCGAAUCGUGACUCCUUCACGGUCAUGACACUAAAUUUUACGACUUUUUGUCGUCGUAAAAACUUAGACGUCACGUUGUCGUGACAUUGGACUCGUUGUCACGCGACAUCAUUGUCACGAAAUCAAAAGGAGGCUUGAUUUUUAACUAAAUGUCGUGACGUCGAAUUGCGUGAAAAUAACAUGGGUAGUUGAAGGGAGGGAGUAGGGCGACAAAAAAAGAAACGUCACGCUGUGUCGUACAAUAUCACGACAACAAAAUCCAUUACUACUUUAAUCGUCACGUAAAAACGUAUCCACGUUAAACUUCAAAUUUGUAGGAAAAGAUAGCGAGUGUAAGAAAAUCGAAUAUUGUAAGUAAUUGAUCAUUAAAAUUAUAUUAAUCCUUGGAUUCAAUUAAUUUAUACGAUUAGAUGAUAAAUGUUAUAAUUUUGUCCAAACGACCGAUCAAACGCAAUCAAUUGAAGCGUUUUAAACGACUUCAAAUACUUUCCUUUCUAUGAGUAAAAAUUCAUUGUGUACACUGUACAGUAUUGUGAAAUCGAUAAUAUGUAAUAAGCACGACAUUACAGUACGAUAAGUCUAUCCACUGUACAUAACAGUAACAACACAACAACAAUAGCAACAACAAACAUAAUACGAAUGAAUACCUAUUGAAAUCAUCAAGAUUUUUACGGUGCUACGCUUGUUAGUCGAUGAUUGUUUCGGUUAAAUAAUGAUAAGCGAGGAAAGCGUCUGCGUGAUACGAAAUAAUCAUUAAUUUCGUCAUUUAUAAUCUAAUCAUCGCGGAGUAUUACGAGCGUUUUUAACAAGACCAUUUUGUGCAAAAAGAAAUUUUGUAAAUCGUCAAAAAAAUCUCGCAAUCGAUUAAUUAACAACGUAUAUUGAUCCUAUUUUUAAUCGAAAGAAAAUUAUCUCUCUCUUUCUCUCUCUCUUUCUCUCUCCGACAAAGUUAUCAUUCAUAUUUAAUUGCUACAAUUAUUUCUUGUAACAAACGAAAUCAAUGAUCGAUAAGACACGUAACAGUGUUAAUGUGAAAUCUUAUUCUAUCUAACUGAAACAAUUUUUCCGACAAUUUUUAGUAUCGUAAAUAUGUUUUUCGACUUGGAAACGUAGCAACAAGUACUUAUUAUUAUUAUUAUUAUGAUUAUGGUUAUGAUUAUUAUUAUUAUUAUUAUCAUUAUUAUUAUCAUUAUUAUUAUUAUUAUCAUUAUAUUACGUAUAUUUAUCGAGGAAGAAAAUUUCACGAGCGUGUAAGUUGAAAAGCGAGGAGUAUGCUGAUAAGAAAAAAAAAGAAACGCUAUGCCUUUAUGUGAAUCCACUAUCCGACGCUCUUCUUCUUCUUCUUCUUCUACAUCUACAUCUUCUACAUCUCCAUCUUCUUUUUCUUCUUCAUCUUCUAUGUCUUCAUCUUCUUUUUCUUCUUCUUCUUCUUCUUCUACAUCUUCUACAUCUCCAUCUUCUUUUUCUUCUUAUUCUUCUUCUUCUACAUCUCUUACAUCUCCAUCUUUUUCUUCUUCUAUAUCUUCUAUAUCUUCAUCUUUUUCUUCUCUCCUUCUUCUUCUUCUUCUUCCGUACCACUUUCUUCUAUCAUUUCAUUUACACUUGGAAACACACACAGUGAAAGAAAGCAAUGACAAUUAUUAUACUUUAAGUGAUAUUAAUAAAAAAUGUAGAUUAAGCCA